AGUUAAUGAUUCUAAAGAUUCAUGACUUUAAUGGAAGACUCUUCCCAUCGUAAGCCCCACGAAACGGAGACUUUUCUCCCUUCUCACUUUCCUUGUCUAACACUUAAUCAACUCUCUUUUCUUUCUUUUUUUAAUUUUUUGCCUCUCAUUUUCAAAGUACCUUUUCACAUUUGAGUAGUUUUCCGUUAAUAAUUGAAUUUUGAAGAAGUUUAUUAGGUUUAGUUAAAUAUUGUUCAAAAUUUUCUCCCUUUUUUUUUUUUUUUUUGUACUUUUGGUUGGCCUGGUGACUUGUUGGUUGUUGCCCCUGCUGCUGAGCUGCCGUGUACAGACUUCUUUUAUACAAUUGAACACUGUUCUUCCAAAAUUCCAAGCUUUUUUUGAGUUCUCUUGGGGGCAUUAGACUAAUGGGUUUCUCUUAAAAUCCUUAAAUUUGGGAGUCUUUUUCAAGUUUUGUACCUAAAUUCUUGCCAACCAAGAAAACUGAAGCUCUUGGCUUUGCAGUUACUUCGAUCUCUUUCUGGCAUCUGGAUCUGCACUGUGGAAUUUAUUGUGUUUUUAGUUCUUUGAGGGCUAUGAAGUGUUUUAUAUUCCUCAGCUGGAGAAGAAAAGAUGAACCAAAGACCCCCACACCAAUUUCAACUCGAUCUAAGAAUUCUACGUUCACUGAUCGUGAAAUAGGGCGGUCUGGGUCUGAAUUAAACUCUCAGAAUGUCUCAGCCACUAGCAGUGAGUCCAUUAGGAGGUCCUCUUUUCCUAGCUUGUCUCAAAGACCUAGUAACCUAAAGGUGUUCACAGUUUCUGAGCUUAGAUCUGCCACCAAGAAUUUUAGCCGCUCUGCCAUGCUUGGAGAGGGUGGAUUUGGUUGUGUUUACAAGGGGUUUAUCAGGAGUCCCGAUGAUUCAUCACAAAAGAUUGAAGUAGCAGUGAAACAGCUCGGUAAACGGGGGUUGCAGGGGCACAAGGAGUGGGUGACAGAAGUAAAUCUGCUUGGCGUUGUUGAGCAUCCGAAUCUGGUAAAGCUAGUGGGAUACUGUGCUGAAGAUGAUGAAAGAGGAAUCCAAAGGCUUUUGAUAUACGAGUAUAUGCCCAAUAGCAGUGUGGAAUACCUUUUAUCUGAACGGUCAGAGACAACACUUUCCUGGGCAAUGAGAUUGAAAAUAGCUCAAGAUGCUGCUCGUGGGCUAGCUUACCUGCACGAAGGAAUGGAUUUCCAGAUCAUCUUCAGGGAUUUCAAGUCUUCUAAUAUCCUUCUGGAUGACCAAUGGAGGGCAAAGCUAUCAGACUUUGGGUUAGCCAGGUUGGGCCCUUCGGAAGGAUUAACUCAUGUAUCAACAGCGGUUGUUGGAACAAUGGGAUAUGCAGCUCCUGAAUACAUACAGACAGGACGUCUCACAUCCAAGAUUGAUGUGUGGAGCUAUGGGGUCUUCCUGUAUGAACUCAUUACUGGCAGACUCCCUUUAGACAAAAACCGCCCCAAGUGUGAGCAAAAGCUCUUGGAAUGGGUGAAGCCAUACCUAUCAAAAGCAAAGAAAUUCGAGCUGAUAGUGGACCCUAGACUGAAACGGCAAUACCAACUCAAAUCUGCCCAAAAGCUUGCAGUUGUGGCCAACCGAUGUGUAGUCAGAAACCCAAAGUCACGCCCUAAGAUGAGUGAGGUGCUAGAAAUGGUGAAUCAGAUUGUGGAGGCAUCAACAGGAGCUGGAAAUCCCGAACCGCCAUUGAAGACCAAGCCAUUUGUUGAUACCUCUAGGGGAACUGAAAGAAAACAUAAUAGAAGGAUUAUAGAUUCCAGAAGUAGUGACAAGUUUGUACAUCAUGUUAACAGCAGGUAACUUCAAGAUUUUAAACACGUUCAACUGCAGCCAUUUCAUUAGGUCAACUUGGAACAGAACUGGAUGCUGCAUCAAAGGGUUUUAGCAUGAAGGUGACUGAGCAAUGCGAUCAUAUUGUUGUGAAAUUCUGUUGUUAAUACGUACAAAGCUGUUUCUGGGAAAAAUAGAUGUGAAAAAACUCUCAGAUACUGCAACUUCUUGUGGGAACCAUUAAACAUUCUUAUUUUGAUAUAGGAGGCUGUAGUUCUUUUUUGAUACUUAGAGAAGUGCUUUCUUUUAGAGUUUAGACUUAAGCAAUAGGCUUUUCUUUUUUUGGAUUAUCGGUGUCUAUCCCAACAAAGUCAUCUAGCUAUAGGUAGUUUUGAUAAUCUGUGUAUUUGUAUUUGUAUUGUAUUUUGUUUUUGUUUUUGUUUUUGUUUUUUUAAUUUAUCAAUGUAAAUAUAAAUAUAGUAAAA